AAACAACUCCACUUCAAGUCCUCCACUCCAAUCUCUCCUAGCCCGCAGCCCAGCCCCAGAGCGCGUCGCGCUCUACCAUCUUGGACUCGUCCUCGUCUUGGCUCAUACACACAUACCCCUGUCAUGCCCGUCACCAAGAAGAAGGGCGCCAUCUUCGCCGUGUACGCCGACACGCCACCGCGAGCCGGCCCCGCGCCGAAAGAGCCCUCACAGCCGCGCGAGGGGCGCCGCGCGCUCACGAACAUAGAGCCCGCGCCGACGCGGCGUAAGGCGAGUCCGGAAGGCAAGCGCCGCGCGCUCGCCCCCCGCUCCCCAUCGCGCUCCACGAGAAGCAAAAUGGAUGUGUUUGUUGACACGGACGCCGUCCAGACGGAGAGGCCUAGACGCGCGCUUGCCGCCAGACCCCUCUCGACAAAGCUUGCCAAGCCCCUCUCUAAUACCUCCAUGAUCGCGUCUGCGAAGGCGCCGUCGUCAAAGCCGCUCGCAGCAAAAUCCGUCUUGAACCAGCCCAACGCCUCUUCCUCAUCGUUUGAGCCAUCCUUAUCUAAGCACGCCAUGUCCAAACCCUCAUCAUCCAAGUCUGCCGCUAGGCCUCGGGCUGCCCUCGUCAAGCGUGCCCGCUCACCGACGGACAAGGAGAACGCCGCACCCCCCGACUCCCCAGCCAGCCGGACACGGAGCAAGCUCGUGCUCCCCAAGCCUUCGAUUGAGAAGAAGCCGAUGAAGAAGUCGUCGCGGGCAUUCACCGUGUUCGUGGACCCACUUGCCGACGUGAGCGAGGCGUACGGCGCAAGUGGAGAUGAACCCGCGGGCUUCCCCGCGCAAGGGCGGUCAUCAAUUCGCUCUUAGUCUCGUGCGGAGCGGCGCGUUACCUCGCCGAACGCUGAGGUGUCACCCCGAGGCCGACGACGCUUACUCGAUCGUCCUGUGCAUGCGUAUCACCACGGCGACGCCACCCUGUUUUCACUAAUCCUGUCGCGUGUAUACUAGCUCUGGAACUUGGCAUUGACAUGUGCAUACAUGCGUAUAGCAACCGAUGUAGUGCAGUGCUUGGGGCUGUGGCAGUGGCCGUACUAUACAACGGAGGAUAGAGUAAUCUAUAGACGUCUAGACAUAUAUC